CCCGGGCCGUGGGAUCGGCAGCCCGGAGGUCAGCGCCCCGCGUUCUCUGUCGAUCCGAAGUCGGAGUUGCGGUUUCCUCCGCUUUCAACCCUCCCAGGGCUGCUAGUCUAGCAAAACUCCGCUGCCAAGGCUUGGCUCCUGGUUGACAGCUCAGAGAGGAAAAAAAGUUGAGGGAAGAUGGAUGCAAAAUCCCGAAAUUGUUUGCUUCAACAUAGAGAAGCUCUGGAAAAGGACAUCAAAACAUCCUACAUCAUGGAUCACAUGAUUAGCGAUGGAGUUUUAACAGUAUUAGAGGAGGAAAAAGUGAAAAAUGAGGCCACUCAAUAUCAGCGAGCAGCUACUCUAAUUAAAAUGAUACUUAAAAAAGAUAAUGAUGCCUACAUAUCAUUCUACAACGCUCUGCUGCACGAAGGAUAUAAAGACCUUGCUGCCCUUCUUCAUGGUGGCCUACCUCUUGUUUCUUCUUCCAGUGGCAAAGACUCAGAUGGUGGAAUAACUUCCUAUGUAAGGACAGUGCUGUGUGAAGGUGGAGUACCACAGAGGCCUGUUAUUUUUGUGACCAGGAAGAAGCUGGUAAAUGCGAUUCAGCAGAAGCUCUUGAAAUUGAACGGUGAAGCAGGAUGGGUCACCAUAUAUGGAAUGGCAGGCUGUGGCAAGUCUGUAUUAGCUGCAGAAGCUGUUCGAGAUCAUUCCCUCUUAGAGGGUUGUUUCCCAGGGGGUGUGCAUUGGGUUUCAGUUGGAAAACAGGACAAAUCUGGACUUUUGAUGAAACUGCAGAAUCUUUGCACGCGAUUGGAUCAAGAUGAGAGCUUUUCUCAGAGGCUUCCACUUAAUAUCGAGGAGGCUAAAGACCGUCUCCGCAUUCUGAUGCUGCGCAAACACCCAAGGUCUCUGUUGAUCUUGGAUGAUGUUUGGGAUCCUUGGGUAUUAAAAGCUUUUGACAAUCAGUGUCAGAUUCUUCUUACUACUAGAGAUAAGAGUGUUACGGAUUCAGUAAUGGGUCCUAAAUAUGUUGUCUCUGUGGAGAGUAGUCUGGGAAAAGACAAAGGACUUGAGAUUUUGUCCCUUUUUGUUAAUAUGAAGAAAGAAGAUUUGCCAGUAGAAGCUCAUAGUAUUAUAAAAGAAUGCAAAGGUUUUCCUCUUGUAGUGUCUUUAAUUGGUGCACUUCUGCGUGAUUUUCCCAAUCGAUGGGCGUACUACCUCAGGCAACUUCAGAAUAAGCAGUUUAAGAGAAUAAGGAAAUCUUCGUCUUAUGAUUAUGAGGCUCUGGAUGAAGCCAUGUCUAUAAGUGUUGACAUGCUCAGAGAAGAUAUCAAAGACUACUACACAGAUCUUUCCAUCUUUCAGAAAGAUGUCAAGGUGCCUACAAAGGUAUUAUGUGUUCUCUGGGACAUGGAAACUGAAGAGGUUGAGGACAUACUGCAGGAAUUUGUUAACAAGUCUCUCUUAUUCUGCGAUCGGAAUGGAAAGUCAUUUUGCUAUUAUUUACAUGAUCUUCAAGUAGAUUUUCUUGCAGAGAAGAAUCACAGUCAACUUCAGGAUCUCCAUAGGAAGAUGAUCACUCAGUUUCAGAGGCAUUACCAGCUGCAUACGCUUUCUGCAGAUCAGGAGGACUGCAUGUAUUGGUACAACUUUCUGGCCUAUCACAUGGCCAGUGCCAAUAUGCACAAAGAACUUUGUGCUUUAAUGUUUUCUCUGGAUUGGAUUAAAGCAAAAACAGAACUUGUAGGCCCUGCUCAUUUGAUUCAUGAAUUCGUGGAAUAUAGGCAUAUACUGGAUGAAAAGGACUAUACAGUCUGUGAGAAUUUUCAAGAGUUCUUAUCUUUAAAUGGACACCUUCUUGGACGGCAGCCAUUUCCUAAUAUUGUACAACUGGGUCUCUGUGAACCAGAAACUUCAGAAGUUUAUCAGCAAGCAAAACUGCAGGCCAAACAGGAGGUGGACAAUGGAAUGCUUUACCUGGAGUGGAUAAACAAGAAGACCAUCAAGAAUCUGUCCUGCUUAGUUGUCCGCCCCCAUACAGAUGCUGUUUACCAUGCAUGUUUUUCUCAGGAUGGUCAGAGAAUAGCUUCUUGUGGAGCUGAUAAAACCUUACAGGUGUUCAAAUCUGAAACAGGAGAGAAACUUCUUGAAAUCAAGGCUCAUGAAGAUGAAGUGCUUUGUUGUGCAUUCUCUACAGAUGACAGUUUUAUAGCAACCUGCUCAGUGGAUAAAAAAGUUAAAAUCUGGGAUUCUGCGACUGGGAAGCUAGUACAUAUAUAUGAUGAGCACUCGGAGCAAGUCAAUUGCUGCCAUUUCACCAACAAAAGUAAUCAUCUUCUUUUGGCCACUGCGUCAAAUGACUUCUUCCUUAAACUCUGGGAUUUGAAUCAAAAAGAAUGUCGAAAUACCUUGUUUGGUCAUACAAAUUCAGUCAGUCACUGCAGAUUUUCACCAGAUGAUGAGCUUUUGGCUAGUUGUUCAGCUGAUGGAACAUUAAAGCUGUGGGAUGUAAGGUCAGCAAAUGAGAGGAAAAGCAUUAAUGUGAAGCAGUUUUUCCUACACUCCGAAGACCCUCAAGAGGAUAUGGAAGUGAUAGUGAAAUGUUGUUCAUGGUCUGCAGAUGGUGCUAAAAUAUUAGUUGCAGCAAAAAAUAAAAUGUUUCUUUUUGAUGUUCAUACCAGUGGCCUAUUGUCAGAAAUCCAUACAGGUCGUCAUAGCACCAUCCAGUACUGUGACUUCUCCCCCUAUGACCAUUUGGCGGUGGUUGCCCUGUCCCAAUACUAUGUGGAGUUAUGGAAUAUAGACUCAUGCUUAAAGGUAGCUGAUUGCAGAGGACAUUUGAGUUGGGUUCAUGGUGUGAUGUUUUCUCCUGAUGGUUCUUCAUUUUUGACAGCUUCUGAUGACCAGACAAUCAGGCAGGUCUGGGAGACAAAGAAGGUUUGUAAGAACUCUGCUAUAGUGUUAAAGCAAGAAAUAGAUGUUGUAUUCCAAGAAAAUGAAACAAUGGUCCUUGCAGUUGAUAAUAUAAGAGGACUACAACUUAUUUCUGGAAAAACAGGUCAGAUUGAUUACCUGCCUGAAGCUCAAGUUAGUUGCUGUUGCUUAAGUCCACAUCUUGAGUAUGUUGCAUUUGGAGAUGAAGAUGGAGCCAUCAAGAUUAUAGAACUUCCAAACAACAGAGUCUUCAGUUCCAGGAUGGGGCACAAGAAAGCUGUACGGCACAUCCAGUUCACAGCCGAUGGGAAGACUCUUAUUUCAAGUUCUGAUGAUUCUGUAAUUCAAGUAUGGACUUGGCAGUCAGAGGAAUAUGUCCUUCUGAAAGCCCAUCAGGAAACAGUGAAGCACUUCAGGCUCCUAAAAAAUUUAAGAUUGCUUUCUUGGUCAUUUGAUGGAACAGUGAAGAUAUGGAAUAUUGUUACUGGAAGGAUAGAAAAAGACUUUGUUUGUCAUCAAGGUACAGUACUUUCUUGUGACAUUUCUUCUGAUGGCACCAAGUUUUCAUCUACCUCUGCUGAUAAGACUGCCAAGAUUUGGAGUUUUGAACUCCUUUACCCUCUUCAUGAGUUGAAGGGCCACAGUGGUUGUGUGCGCUGCUCUGCCUUCUCUCUGGACGGCACCCUGCUGGCAACUGGAGAUGACAAUGGGGAGAUCAGGAUAUGGAGUGUCUCAAAUGGUGAGCUUCUUCAUUUGUGGGCUCCGACCUCAAUAGAAGAAGGAGCUGCUACCCAUGGAGGCUGGGUGACUGACCUCUGCUUUUCUCCAGAUAGUAAAAUGCUUGUCUCUGCUGGAGGAUACCUUAAGUGGUGGAAUGUCGUCACUGGAGAAUCCUCACAGAUCUUCUACACAAAGGGAACAAAUCUGAAGAAAAUACAUGUGUCUCCUGACUUCAAAACAUAUGUGACUGUAGAUAAUCUUGGUAUUUUAUAUAUUUUACAGAUUUUAGAGUAAAAUGGCUAUUAAUGUAGUUCAUCUCCUUAAUUUUUAAUUGAAAAAAAAGCGAAACUCUGUAUCAACUUUUUAUAAAGCUGUGAAUUGUAUUGCAGUAUUGCGCUUAUUGCAAAAGUGUUUGUGGUCAGAUGAAUGAUGUAACAGCCAUUUCCCGAAUGACCAUAUCUUUAACCUUGUUUUCCAUAAUCAUCAUUGUUAUUAACAAUUUGUCACUAAUAUGCAAAUGAAAAUGUAAGUGUGUACCUUGUUACACUUUUGGUAAAAUUCUCUCUUGAUGAUUCAAGUUGGCUGACGUAAUUAAUGAGAAUAUUCUCAUUUUGAUGCCAUCAUUAUGACGUCUAUGCCCCAAGGUAAAACGGUGGCCUGUUUUCUGGACCACACUUACGUAACCACGUGGGUAUGGUUCUCCCAGAUACAGUCUUGUUGGCUUAUUUGCACUCUUGAAAUUUGUUUUAAUAUUGUGUCUGAGUGCACAGUCUGGAACAUUUCUUUUAAGUAACUCAGUGAGUAUUGGAUUUUAACGUUUCUUUCUAUGAAGCAAAAACUUUGUGUUAGAUUUCUCUCUGUGGCUGAUGGGAGCCCUGUGUGUAAUUGGACUCUAGUUGUCAGUAUCCGAGUUGAGCACCAUCCUGCCCUCUCUCAGUCUUUUUGCUUACUGUUUGACUAAGCUUGAGCUUUCUUAAUCUUCAUUUUUUUUUCCCUAAAAGCAGUUGCUCCAUAGUUAAAUAUUAACAAAUCAGAAUUGGUAAGGGGCCAAUAAGUAUAAAUAAUACUUUUCUAGAAAAUGUGAAAUAGUAAAACAUAUUUUUCUUCUAGUUCAUUUACUUUCAGCGAAAUGGUAUUGUCAGUACUAUUCUCUCAGUGAACUUCAAGAGAAUUGUGUAUGAUUUUCUGUGCAGUGCAGGUAUCUCUCAGACUCUGAAGAUGAGAAUGUUCUCCUUCCUAACAACCUGACUUUCUUUCCCUCUCUCUGUGGAACAAGGUUCUAUUGUGUUACCCAGGCUGGCCUCAAACUCUUGGGCUCCAGUGAUCCUCCUGCUCUGACUCGAAUGUAGCUGAGAGGAGAUGGCUUUUGAUGCAGGAAAAACUUAUCAAUACCAACUAGUUUUUUUUUUUUUUAACCUCCUUUUAAGAUCUUAAGUUGAAGCUUAAACAUUUUCCUGUGAAAUAUUAAGGCCAAUAGAGAUAAAUUAAUAAUAGAUGUCAUUUUCUUAUAAAAAUAAAAUGAAAAUAUACUGUUUUUGCAACAGGAAUUAAUAAAUAUUUGUAUUAGUGGUAGAUAAGCAAUGAGCCCAUUUCUAUUACUGGUGCAUAUCAAUAGAUGUGGUGUGGGUAGAGGUAGUAAACUCCUGUAUUUGAUUUUGUAUUUCUUUGUGGUGCUGAAGAUUGAACCCAGGGCCUCACCAGUGCUAAACAGGCACUCUCCCAUUGAUCUACACCCUCAGCCCUUAGAUGUAUUUUAGAUUAGAUAUUCCUGUAUGGCAUUUGCAGGAACUGUAAGUACACCGAAUAAACUCUUUUAUACUGUUAAGGAAGUUUUUUGGCUUAUUUCGUUUAUUUUUGUUUUGGUAGGUUGAGGAACUAGUUUACAAACUUAGUGUGAUUGUAGCAAAUGUGGUAAGUGAAAAAUCUUAAUUUUACAAAAAUAAAUUUCUGCUGAGUGUGGUAGCAUACACCUUUAAUCCUAACACUUGAGAGGCAGCAGCAGAUGGAUCUCUGUGAGAUAGAGGCCAGCCUGGUCUACAUAUUGAGUUCAGGCCAGCUGGGGCUACAAGGAGACCCUGUCUCAAAAAAGCAAAAAACCCAAACAAAUAAAAAACAAAACUGUAAAUAGUGUGUCUUGCUUUGAAUUUGCUAAGAAUAAUAAAAUCAAUCAAAUAAUAAUCAAAUCAUGAUUUGAUUUUCAGAUGUUUUCAGGCUCAUCUGAUCUGUAGCUGGAUUAUUAAAGUAAAACAAGAAACAUCAAUUUUUAAAAGUCUUAACCUUUGUUUUUUUUUAAAAAAAAAAAACUGGAAAAAAAAAUGGGAAGACAGGUGACAUGUGGGAAGAAGAGACACGUGCAGCUCUGUCACAGCUGCUGGGUUGGCCAAGGCUUUGUUUGUGGUCUGUGGACUAGCACUGUUAAGCACUUUCCUUGCUAUAUCUUUUUAUGUGAAGAAUUGCAUUGGACUUUGUGUAUGUAAAAUGGUUUUUGUAUUGUAUCUUUUAUAUGUUUUUGAAAACUUUUGUAUUUAUAAUUUACAUGUGUGGUU